CCCGCCGCGGGGCUGCGGGGCUGGAGCGGGGGCCGGGCUCCCGGGCUCGUGCGUCCUGCGCCCGCCGCGGCGGUGCCGAGCCCGCAGGCUGCUGAUUGUCCUUCGCGGCGGCCGCGGUCGCAGCCUCCUUUCCUCGGCCGGGACUGCCUGCGCCGGAGCGAGCGCGCCUCUCGCGGCUACGGCCGCCCGGAGCAGAAACGGACUGCAGGAGACACAGAUCUUGGUAGACAGUGUGGCUGGGUAGACAGCGUGGCUGCAGGCCUUGGGGUUGGCACCCCUGCCGCCUUUGAACGGAGCGUGUUGGCAGCUCAGGGCCCAGCUCAGCCUGCGUCCCGCAUCCUGCGUCCUGCGUCCCGCGUCCCGCAUCCUGCAUCCUGCAUCCUGCAUCCUGCGUCCUGCAUCAUGCCCGCGCUGUCCGCAGGCUCGGGGAGCGACACAGGUCUGUAUGAGCUGCUGGUGGCUCUGCCAGCCCGGCUGCAGCCACAUGUGGACAGCCAGGAAGACCUGACCUUCCUCUGGGAUGUGUUUGGUGAAAAAAGCCUGCAUUCACUAGUCAAGAUUCACGAGAAGCUUCACUACUACGAGAAGCAGAAUCCCACGCCCAUCCUCCAGGGUGCAGCAGCCUUAGCUGGUGACCUGGCGGAGGAGCUUCAGGACAAGCCAUUGAACAGUGAGAUACGAGAGCUGUUGAAACUACUGUCAAAACCCAAUGUGAAGGCUUUGCUCUCUGUACACGAUACUGUGGCUCUGAGGAAGUAUGAUCCCGUGUUGCCUCCUAUGCCUGAUGAUAUUGAUGAUGAGGAAGACUCAGUGAAAAUCAUCCGUCUGGUCAAAAACAGAGAACCGCUGGGAGCUACCAUUAAGAAAGAUGAUCAGACCGGGGCCGUCGUUGUGGCCAGAAUCAUGAGAGGAGGAGCCGCAGACAGAAGUGGUCUUAUUCACGUGGGCGACGAACUUAGGGAAGUGAAUGGGAUACCUGUCGAGGAUAAAAGCCCUGAGGAAAUUAUUCAGAUCUUGGCUCAGUCUCAGGGUGCAAUCACAUUCAAGAUUAUACCCAGCAUCAAGGAGGAGACACCAUCAAAGGAGGGCAAGAUGUUUAUCAAAGCCCUCUUUGACUAUGACCCUAACGAGGAUAAAGCAAUUCCAUGUAAGGAAGCUGGGCUUUCUUUCAAAAAGGGAGAUAUUCUUCAGAUUAUGAGCCAGGAUGAUGCAACAUGGUGGCAGGCGAAGCACGAAGGAGAUGCCAAUCCCAGAGCAGGCUUGAUUCCCUCUAAGCAUUUCCAGGAAAGGAGAUUGGCUCUGAGACGACCAGAAAUAUUAGUCCGGCCCCUGAAAGUUUCCAACAGGAAAUCAUAUGAGGAAACAGUUGAGUGUGAGGAAAUUAAAGAAGAUGCUGAAUACGGUGGUAUCAGCAGUGGAACCUAUCUAGCUGGUUUUAGAAGAAGUUUCCGUCUUAGUAGAAAAGAUAAGAAAACAAAUAAAUCCAUGUAUGAAUGCAAGAAGAGUGACCAGUACGACACAGCCGAUGUGCCCACUUAUGAGGAGGUGACACCCUAUCGACGGCAGAUGAAUGAGAACUACAGACUCGUUGUCUUGGUUGGUCCUGUAGGAGUAGGUUUGAAUGAACUGAAACGAAAACUGCUGAUCAGUGACACGCAGCACUACGGCGUGACGGUGCCCCACACCACCAGACCAAGAAGAAGCCAGGAGAGUGAUGGUGUUGAAUAUGUCUUCAUUUCCAAGCAUUUGUUUGAGACCGAUGUACAAAAUAACAAGUUUAUUGAAUAUGGUGAAUAUAAAAACAACUAUUACGGCACAAGUAUAGACUCAGUUCGGUCUGUCCUAGCUAAAAACAAAGUUUGUUUGUUGGACGUUCAGCCUCAUACAGUGAAGCACUUAAGGACACUAGAAUUUAAGCCCUAUGUGAUAUUUAUAAAGCCUCCAUCAAUAGAGCGUUUGAGGGAGACAAGAAAAAAUGCAAAGAUUAUUUCAAGCAGAGAUGACCAAGGUGCUGCAAAGCCCUUUACGGAAGAAGACUUUCAAGAAAUGAUUAAAUCUGCCCAGAUAAUGGAAAGUCAAUAUGGUCAUCUUUUUGACAAAACUAUAGUAAAUGAUGAUCUCACCAUGGCAUUCAGUGAGCUAAAAACAACUUUUGACAAAUUGGAGACAGAUACCCACUGGGUUCCAGUGAGCUGGUUGCAUUCAUAACUAAGGGAAAUUUCCAUAAUUAUCUUUUCUGUAGAGUGCAUGAUUAAAUCAGUUACCAUCUUGGUGGUAGGGUUUUUUAAUCUAUAUCACUGUUAAGAUGUGCAAUCUUGGUUAAAAUUGAAUGUUGGUUUUGUUUGUAUCUUUUUACAGCCUUAUUUCAAGCACAGUGUUUGAGUUUAAGGUCCACAAUCAAAAUCUGCACAGUACCGUAUUCUGUCUGAGCAAAGCUUUCAGCCUUCUGGUUGUCUUGACUGUGUAGCUCAAUCUCCAAAAUGGGGUUGAACUUUUUAGAGAGACAUAGCUGGAGAAUGUACACGGGAGUUCAGUGCUUCAGCUGGUCUCCGACAUCGUCACUGCCUUGGAGUUUGCAUGUCAGCCGCUGAAUACAUUCAGUUCGCGGUCUUCAGGACCGCGAACUGGGCUGGCAGUAAGGCCGAGUCCUCUUACUAUUCAGGAAGUGCAACCUUUUUCUUACGUAGACACAAUAUAUUCACAGUUACAGUUUGAGAAGGCCUUAUGAGUGCAUAUAUCAGUGACUCAACAAAUGUUUAAUAAGGGAAGAUGGGCUUUUAAAAAUUAUUAUUUUUGAAACUAAAAACCUUUCUUUAUGGCUUAAGAAUGGCGAUAUCCUGGGGCAAGUAAGAUUACAAAGGACAUUUUUAUUUGUAAAUCCUCAUAAAAUAUUUCUGGACUCACCAGAAAUUCUGGAGCCAGUUAUCUGGCUUUGGAUUUUCCCAAUAAAUUAUAAGAAUGAUUCCUAUUCUAAAAGUAGGUUUUACAUGCUACUGAUACAGUUAAAGAAAAUGUGAUCAUUUUUCAAAUGUGUGCAAUUGAUCACAAUAUAUUUAAAUUGCACUAUAAGAUAUAUUUUAGAAAACUUUUCAUGUGAUAUUAACUUAUUUCUUUGUCAUCAAAAUAUUUCUUAACACUGGCCAGAUACCAUCCUAAUCUUGCCAUUUUUAAAGAAGUUUAAGAAAGACUCUUUUGUUGUAAAUAUUUAGAUGGGAUCUCUCAUUUUUCUUUGAUGCUACUCAUCUUCAGUGAGUAAAUUAUAUAGUUCAAAAUACCAGAAAUGUCCAUAGUUGUAUAAGAGAACAUGUCCUCCCAUUCUUGCAUGCCAUAAGACCCUGUCAGUCAGAAAUCAUUGCAUCUGUGACUUUCAAACAGAAAAAACAAUAUUUUUUGUUGAUUUGUAAAGAGAGUUUAGAUGUCCUGUUUAAAGAAAAAUAGUGUAGUGAAAUUUUAUAUAUUUAUGAAAUAUUUGAAAGACAUAUUUUUUUAAUUAUCAAAUGAGGCUAUUCAUAAAAUAAAUUGUAUGUAAAGAUGUCAUAAUUUAAGAUAGUAGUUUUAUAAGUCAGGGUCAACAUUCCAUGUAAAUAUUUGAGCUUUAUUCAUAUGCAGAUCCACAAGUGUGUUCUGUGUGCACAUUUGAUAGCAUGACUCACUGAGUUUCCUUCGGACGUGUCAAAUUUCAUACCUUAAUACACACUCACAGCUAAAUAGUUAGAUAACCAGACAUUGUUACUUGACAGCAUAAUCCAAACAGCAAGUUCUAAGUUAAUUAACUAAAUAGCAAGCAAUUUAGUUUAAAAAGGGGUUGGUGGGUUGCCAGAUCUAAUACUGAAGCCAUACUUUAUAGUUGUGUGGCUGGUCUAAGAAAGUACAAAUCUUCCUUAGGUGGUUUGGGUAGAAUAUUCUCUUUGAACAUUGACUGAAAUUUCCGAAAAAUCAGGACUUCCUAGGAAAUGAAUUAUAAUUUAGGCAGUCCAAAUACUUUGUUCAGAAAUAGUACAUGGUUUGUUUUUGGUUUUGUUUUUUUUCAUUUACAGACAAUUGCCUCAGUUCUUUCCUGCGGAGGUAGAGAUAGUGUAACGUGGUAGAAACGGAGUCCUUUUUGGUGAUGGUGGUGGAGGUGUUAUAGAAAUAUAAUUGUCCAGCCUUUCUCCCUUUUUACAUGAGAGCUGGGCAGUAUUUUUUAAAAUGAAAAGAGGCACUUCAGCAAUUUGAAAAAUCUUUUAUCGGGUAAUAUACAUACGUGGUCUUGCAAGUGACGUUUACGUGGCCACCCUUGAUGCUUAGAAAAGAGAUUCGGUUAAAAUUUAAUGCGGCAGGGCCAACUCCAUGGCCUUUGAUUAAUGUUGCAAAGGGCCCUUGAUUCUGUACUUUAUGCAUCCUCAGCUCCCGCUCUAGCAAGGACAGACUAGUUCUUUAGACAGCUUGCUUCUGAGACAGUGUCAGCCGCUAUUUGAGAGAACAGGAAUAUUGGUUUUUUUAAGUCCAUAUAUUUAAAAUCCAAGAUCAAGAAGAUAAUUCUAUAUUCCCAUCAUUAACAUACUGGAAUCUUUUUUUUUUUUUUUUUUUUACCAUUAUUUUACUUACCAGUAUAGACAUUAUCGAUAUCUUUAAGGCUGACCUUCCUGGUAUUGUGUAAUGAUUGAAUGUAUCUAAAUUGUAAUAAUUUAAGAUUGACAAACGUGUAAAACGAAAUUAUGUUGUUAAAAGUUUCCUGAAGAUAUAGAUUUUUAUUAUUUAUUUUCUUUUUGACUAGUAAGAGUUUAUAAAUAAAAGUAAUGGAAAACCUUUGAGCUUAAUAAAGUAUCUUCAAAUUA